AUUUUCCACUGUUUCUGAUCCCCCCCGAUGCAAGAGACAAAGGUCAGAAACGGAGGCUUAUAAAUAGGGUAAAAAAAAUUAGGCUACAGACGCGUCCAGCCCUCAGACACAGGAGGACACGGACAAGACAGCACGGACACGGGACCCUACGCGCAAAGGACAUUAAAAGGACACAAAAUAACAAAACAAGACAAAAUCCCAUCAGCAGAGCAGAAUGGCGCAGAAAGAGAAACUUCAGUGCCUGAAGGAUUUCCACAAGGACACUCUGAAGCCGUCACCCGGUAAGAGCCCUGGCACCCGGCCUGAAGACGAGGCAGAGGGCAAACACCCUCAACGGGAGAAGUGGUCCAGCAAGCUGGACUUUCUUCUGUCCGUGGCAGGCGGCUUCGUGGGUUUGGGGAACGUCUGGCGUUUCCCAUACCUCUGCUAUAAGAAUGGUGGAGGUGCAUUUCUCAUCCCCUAUUUCAUUUUCCUGUUUGGCGGAGGUCUGCCCGUCUUCUUCCUGGAGGUCGCCUUGGGUCAGUUCACCUCCGAGGGCGGCAUCACCUGCUGGGGGAAGCUCUGCCCCAUCUUCACUGGUAUUGGUUAUGCCUCCAUUGUGAUCGUUUCCCUGCUGAACAUCUACUACAUCGUCAUCCUGGCCUGGGGUCUCUACUACCUAUUCCAGUGUUUUCAGCCGGAGCUGCCCUGGGCCAAGUGCAACCAGCCCUGGAACACCGAUCGCUGCAUUGAAGACACCUUCCGCAAGAACAAAACCAUUUGGCUGGCCUCCAACAUCACCAACUUCACCUCCCCCGUCACUGAGUUCUGGGAACAUAACGUGCUGGGUAUCAGCAAUGGUAUAGAAGAUAUUGGUCCUGUUAAAUGGGACCUGGCUUUGUGUUUACUGCUCGUCUGGGUCAUCUGCUUCUUCUGCAUCUGGAAGGGAGUCAAGUCCACUGGCAAGGUGGUCUACAUCACCGCCACCUUCCCGUUCAUCAUGCUCAUCGUGCUGUUGAUCCGCGGCGUGACACUGCCAGGUGCUUCAGCGGGCAUCAAGUUCUACCUGUACCCGGACCUGGCUCGCCUGAAGGACCCAGAGGUGUGGAUUGACGCUGGCACCCAGAUCUUCUUUUCCUACGCCAUCUGUCUGGGCGCCAUGACUUCCUUGGGGAGCUACAACAAGUACAAAUACAACUGCUACAGGGACUGUUUGCUGCUGGGAGCCCUCAACAGUGGUACCAGUUUUGUGUCUGGCUUCGCAAUAUUUUCCGUCCUGGGCUUCAUGGCACAAGAGCAAGGGGUGGACAUUGCUGAGGUGGCAGAGUCAGGUCCAGGCCUGGCCUUCAUCGCCUACCCCAAGGCUGUAACCAUGAUGCCUUUCCCUACAGUCUGGGCAGUGCUCUUCUUCGUCAUGCUGCUGCUGCUUGGGCUCGACAGUCAGUUUGUGGAGGUGGAAGGGCAGAUCACAUCACUGGUGGAUCUGUAUCCGUCCUUCCUAAGGAAGGGUUACCGCAGAGAGAUCUUCAUCGCUAUCAUCUGCAGCAUCAGCUACCUGCUUGGACUGACCAUGGUUACCAAGGGUGGCAUGUAUGUUUUCCAGCUGUUUGAUUACUAUGCAGCGAGCGGUGUGUGCCUUCUGUGGGUGGCAUUCUUUGAAUGUAUUGCUGUUGCCUGGGUUUAUGGCGCUGAUAAUUUCUACGAUGCGGUUGAGGACAUGAUUGGCUACAGACCAAACCCAUGGAUGAAAUGGAGCUGGUCUUACAUCACUCCUACACUGUGUAUGGGCUGCUUUGUUUUCUCCUUGGUCAAAUACAAGCCAUUGACAUAUAACAAGGUCUACGAGUAUCCUGACGGGGCCAUUGGACUCGGAUGGACCCUGGCCCUGGCUUCUAUGAUCUGCAUCCCCAUGGUGGUUGUCAUCAAGAUCAUUCAAUCUGAUGGGCCGCUCAUUGAGAGAAUCAAGGCGGUGGCCGCCCCGGUUCGCGGCGGCGCCAGCUCCCGUCCCGCAGACCACCGCGGCCCCAAGGACCUCACCUACCCACUGGAUCCCAAUGGGAACAAGGGCCUGCUGAAGGCCCCCACCCACACCAUCGUAGAAACGAUGAUGUAAAGGAAUGAGGCGGAGGCUCUCCAUGAGAUCGCUCUCCUCUCCUCUCCUGUCCUCUGAAAUGCUUCUAAAGCUAGCUAGCUUCUCUGUCUAUCUGUCUAUCUGUCUGUCUGGUGGACUGAUAAGGGUUUUUAGAGGAAAAAAAAAGUUCCAGUUUCAAAUCUUUUAGGAGGAGUUUGCUGUUGGUGGUUUAAUCGAGAGGGCAGCGAUCACAUUUCAAAUCUAUUUCUGAAAUACUCAGCUGUUUUUUGUUAUUUUUUUGUUAUUUUUUGUAUUUUAUUUUAAAUAUUCAUGUGACCACGAAUCGUCCCACAGUUGUCUUAUUUAAAGGCGCAGUGACACGCUGGUGGAUUUCCAUUUGGUCCAACAGCUACUUUUGCAGAAAAUAAGCCAUUGUUCUAAAAGAAGGAAGAAGGUGGUUAUCGAGUCGUUGAAUCAAAACGGGCUUUUGUAGCCACUAUAUGAAAAAUGUUAUCUACACUUAUCAUGGAUUAACAAAUACAGGCUUUUCUGACUGAGCAUAGGUGCCAUUGGGUUCAGCUUUCGGCUUUUUGAACAGGCAGCAGGUGCAACUGAUAUCAGGUUUAUUAUCUAUUGGAGGUAUUUGGGUGUAAAUUGUAGAAGUUGAAACUUUUUUUGUCUGCGAAAGGCAAAGUUCUACCAAAUCAGAAACACAACCAAACUUGCGUAAAUGUCCAAAAUCCUACAAAUUGUUGUUUCGAAUUAAAGUCUGGUAUCUGUAACUUCUGUAUCAGCAAAAAAACAUGAUGGAUCUGAAGUGAAGAGCAGAAAUCCAAAGCUGUCGCCACCGAACUCUUCUCUCACGCUGCCUCCUUCCUGUCGUGGUAUCGCAGACCAGCUGGUUUGGUUCCAACCAACCUUUCCCAGCAGCUCUUGUUCCUUUGGGGCAUUGAGACGUUAAAAUAAUUGCCUGGUGCAGCUAAUAAAAAAAAAAUAUAUAUAGAAUUGACACUGCCAUAGCCGACGCCCCUUAUCAAAGCAGGAACAUAGUACUUAAACGCACCUUAGCACAAAUCUCCCCCAUCUUCCAUAGCCGUAAACUAUGGGUCCAAGAGAAACGAGCACUGAGCCUGCGCUGCAUGGGGGGGUGGGGGGGUGGAGUGGAGUGGACCCGCUCCUGCAGGAAGACGGACGUAUCUGAAAGGAUUUGAAGUGUGGAGGUUGAACCCUUGAGUGUGUUGUCUGUGGCGUACUGUACAGUAGUAGCUAAUCAGUCUAUCUAUAUCUAUCUAUCUCUCUAUCUAUCUUUCUCUGUCCUAGACCAGUUUACAGUACAGUAGUGACUGCCCUAGGCAUCUUGGCUUACGAGUUUGGAUUGGAUUUACUUUGUUUUCUACAGAGGAAGUGACAUUACUAUUAGUUUUUUCCUCUGUCAAUGUUUAGAGAUUUUUUUGUUUUUUAUUAUUAUUAAGACUAUAAUGUUAUUGGUAUUCACUAUUGAUGAUGAUUAUUGCUGUAGUUUUACAUAGGAGAAGGAAUACUUCUUUCAUCUGGUGAAAAUACUAAGCUAUUAUACAAAUCAUACAUUUACAGUGGCAGCCAUUGUAGUACAGUCCGCGUGGUGAAGUUUUAAAACAACGUAAACUGAUUUUUACCGGAUUUUUUCUCUCGUGGGAUAAAUUAAAAUUUAAUUAAAAUUAAAAUUUAAUGUACACAACAAAAAAAGAAUGGCACUCCUACAAUGGCUCCAUCUGUAAGUUUGUAGUUGUUGGGGGUUUAUAUAGCUUUUCCUCUUCUGUAAAUACAAGGUGACAGUAUUUAAGUUGGAUGAACUCAGCCAGACACACGGCCACUGGCGCCAGUGGUUUAGAACCAACAUGUCACCCACGCUGCGACUUGCGGCGUUGAGCCACUGGUUUGGGUGACGCCUCCCAGCAGAUCAGCCAGUGUCAGCCUGCCCACUCGUCUGAGUGCCAAACUCCUGUCCAGACACCGUGAGAGGAGGCAGCUGACCAAUCGGAGCCGCUGGCCGAUGGAGUUUGGCCGCGUUUGCCAAGUUUACAGCGCGGCAUCGGGCUCGGGAUUCAAACCAGGGGCCCAAACUGUUCGUAUAUCAAUUCUAAGGUUGAUCAAAUUAAUCGUGAACAGUGCUUUUUACCAUUUGGAUGAAAUUGGGUGAAUAUCAUUUUUUUGGACAUACUAAAUUGAUCUGAGCAGUUGAUGCCGUUGAAACCGGCUCCGGCCAAACUCCGUCAGUCCCCGGACCCGGAGAGAGGAAUGUGCCCUGUGACACAUGAACAGUGUCUGCUUCUGUGUUCUGGCUGAUUUCUCUUUUUUAUCUUGUUUUUGAAAUCAUCUUUAUUUAAACAAAGACGAAAAUUGAAAAACUACAUUUACAUUCUUCACAAUAGCAAAGGGGCCAUACUAUCGACAAUGUGAACCAUUGACAACUCAAAACCAGACAAAGUGCGACGGUAACAACUGUCGCUUUCAUUUUAAAUAUGUCUUGUGUAACGAUGUGUUUGUGUGACCAGCGACCAUCCACUCAGGACCUUUUCUGUCGGGCUUUAUCCCAGCAUCCCCAAAAUAUAUAUAUACAUAUAUAUUAGACGUCAAACUGUGGGAGACGAAGAGCUGAAAUUUAACGGUAGCAGUGGAAAAUGAUGUUUUCAUCCAGAUCGAAAGGCCGUUGAGUCAGAACGGGAAAGAAACAAAAAAAGAAAUCACACCUUAACUGCCUAUUCUAUCCAGAGUCAAAGGCAAAAAUACAGUGGGAGUGAAUCAAAGUGAGUUUUUAAUUGCACCUUACUUGUAUAAUUUGGACUUCAUAUCGAGUGAUGAGGCCAAAAAGAAGAAGAAGAAGAAAACACUGCCAUCUUUUAUUCAGGGUUCUCACUGACGUACAAAUAUCUGAAUACUGUCGACACACCUCAACUUCACCCGCUCUCCCCCCUAAACCACGUCACCAUCCGCUUUCCCAUUGCAGGAAUCAAACAUCAGACGUGAUUGUACGACCAGGGCCUGUUUUCAUGUUUUAUCUAUCUAGUGUUAGUUAAAAAAAAAAAAAAAAGUUUAUUCAAUUUCUUCAUAUAGACUGAAGUAGCUCAUAUCAUUAAAAGGGAUUUGUGAGACCAAAUCCACAGCACACAUCUAUUUUCAUACAGUGACAAACUUGUUUUCCUAUAUGAGUUGUUCUUUGUACGGCGGAGCUCUCGUUUUAAUACACACUCACAGCUUUUAUUCUUUUGUACAGACCUGGUUCUCCGUUCCCCUGAAGGCUCUUAGCACAGGUUGUGUGAUUUGGGAAAACUUCCCACGAAGCACAACCUCCAAAUGUGGCAAUUUGUUUCAGCUGCAAAUAUUUCCCAUCACUUCUUUUUCCCCCGUCCCCACUUCAGCAUCCACUUGCAUGUUUACAGAUACUUGCUGACACGUAGCUGAAGUUAAAGAUCUGUCGGCUCCCUCCAGCAAAAACGUUGAACUUUAUGAACUUUUGAAUACUUCAUGCAAAAGCAUUGACCAAGGAGACUUCCAGGCAUCUCAAAAAGUUUGUUAAAAAUUGUGGAGACUUAAAUUAACAGACACACAAAUUAGUUUCAACUUUUCUCCACCUGCAGCUGAAAACGAUUCCCCCCCCCCAGUGCUAAGACCCUUCUUCUCUUUGGUGAAACCAUGAACCAGAAGUUGUGACUCAUGCAGUAGUUGUGUAUUGGUUUCUUCAGCCUGUCUGUGUAUAUUUACAGUGUGUACAUGUCCCUCUGCCUUUUUACACUUCCCAUCAGUUAGCCUACGUAAAACCAAUGAACCUAAGCUAACUGACUUGUUUUCUCAGAGUUAAUGAAUUUGCAAGAGAAUUGAAGCAUUAGCGAUGCACAAGUUUUUACCGCGAAUGUUGAAAUGUGAACGUCACCUGCGGGUGAAUGUAAAAGUUUCUGAAGAUUUAUUUUUUAAGGUUAAGAAAAGAAUUACUUAUGACUUUAUUUGUACUGAUUUUUUUUUUUUGUGUGUGUUGAAUCGAGCAGUUUCUUGUUUUAUUUUACUUUUGAUUGUGUGUCUGUCACGUUUUGCCUUUUUUAUUCCAAAUAUAGUGUAUCUGAACCUCUGUCAUCCGACUAACUUGUAGAACUAUCAAUCAAAAACAAACCAACAGAAAAAGCUACAAUUUGUGAUGUGCAAUACUUUGUAGAAAACUUUUAUUUUUCUUGCUGUUUUAUUUUUUAUUUUUAUUCUAAAGGUGGCACUUACCUUUGUAAGAUAAAAGCCUGUGAACUCUUUGAAGAAAAUAUUUGUUUUGAGUCUUCAGGGUCCAUUUUUAAAUCCAAACAAAAUGCUCUGCAGUGUGAAACUGAACUAAACCACUAUUCCAUCAACGACCACGUGGUUUGAAAAGCAGAGUAUUAGAGGCACUCGAAGGAAAAAUAUCGGAGAUAUCGACAAUAAGGUCAUAAUGUCCGACUACAAAUUUGUAAAUUUACACAAAAGUUUAAUUUAGUGAGAAAAUGGUAAUUACGAGAAGAAUUAAGAAUAAAGCUGUUAAAUAAAAGGCAAGAAGUCACACAUUAAAGUCAUUACAUUUAAUCUAUUUAAAUAAUGAGAAUAGUCGUUUAAUGAAUUUUUUAAAAUAUUUAUUGAGUUAUAUUUCAAGGAGUUAUAAAUUUACAAGAAUAAAGUCCUAGUUUAAAGAGGAAAAAGCAAAAAAUUAUUGCAAGAAUAAAGCAAUCAGGAAAUAAGCUUCAAAAGAAAAUUAGAGCUCAUCCUCCCUCUUGAGAAACUACAAAAUCAUUUCUCCACAAAGAGAAACUUUACGACUUUCCAAGUCGUAAAUUUAUUCCCCUUUCCUGCGACAUUUCACAAUUUCUUUCUUGUAAAUUUACAACUUUAUUCUUGAAGUCCGGUAUUUUCCCCUUUCGGCUCUAAUACUCAUCGCUUGAAUCUCAUUACUGCUUUGUUGCUGAACAUCUGGCAGCUUUCCAAAAACAUGUCACCACCAAAGUUCACGACUCCAUAAUCUGAGACACAUCGGACGUCUGCAGAGUCCGAACACGUCCUUAUAUGGCUCUCGUUUCCAAUCCGCUUGGGAUGGAACCUUGGAGGAAUAAAUUUGGCAGCUUUUGGAAAAGCAAAAGCGGUAAAUCCAAUAAAACACAGGUUACACUUUAUCCAAUGUGGUCCUUUCUUUUUAUGCAAGUUCUACAUUCAACCUCGUCCACCAGAGAAUUUUGUCAGGAAACUCUACGACAGCUGGAUUUCAGCUUUGCAACUCAUCAGCAGAGGCUGGAGUCUGGUUGUGUGUUCCUGACAUGUCAUGUAAUCAUACAGAUGUGCGCUUUGUGCUCACACAUCUGCUUUUAUCACUAAAGUUGUUCUUUAUUAGAAAUAUGGAAACAAAAUCCUCCUUAAUGCAAAGAUCAUCUUUGUUCUUUGGUUUGAAAUUCGGAGAAAACUAUAUUUGAAUCACGUUUUCUCCUUUUACUUGCUUGAACGAUGCCAAUCCCAGCGCUAAGGCCUCUGGGAAAUGGAGUCCUGCUCAUCCCAUCCCCCUCCCCCCUCCCCCCAUCCUCAUUCUGAGCGUGGUCUCAGUCUCUUCUGCAUUAUACCGAAUACCAGCCCUUCCUUUUUGAGAAUGUACAUGGGGAAAAUGUUUUUGUUAAUCCUUGGUGAAGGAAAAACAUUUUUAAAAGAGUUUGAAAGGUUUUAUUUUUUAUUUCUAAGGCCAACCCGUGAGCUAGAAAAAAGAAAAGGAAAAAAAAUGUGUUUGAACAGGUUUUGCAAAGGUGUAAAACUUUUUUUUAUUUCUUAAUAAAAAAUUUGUCUUCAGAAAA